GAGCAAAGGACACGUUUUCCGUUUUUUCCCCAUAGCGGCAGGUAAGUUCGACAUGCUACAGGUGGGGGAGAAGUUGAGCUCUGUUGAGUCUUACCACAGCAACAAUACGCCAACCCAAUGAGACUGUCACGGAGAUGACUAGGAACAAGACAAGCGCAGUAAGCCACUUGCUAUUGCGCUAGACAUUUAGGUGGCCUUCUACAAUCUGUCGUCGGGCUGUCAAAUUUGUUUACUUUUUGCGCUCAUCAAGGUAAAGUUACUUUAUAGCCGAUGUUAUAUACAGUGCUUGUUAAAACUGUAAACAAUGAAUAACCAAGAAGCCCUCCGACCGACUCCACACUCUGGACGUGUUAAAGGUAAACUCGCUACCCGGCUGGAGGAGGUGAAGAACCCAUGGCGACAGACAUCUACACUGGAGUUUAGUCACAAUGAAACUGCCAGGUUGGCAACCGACGCUUUACUCGAGUCAGGGGAGAAGGAGUAUCGAAGGGUCCUCGCAGAAGAAAAAGAACUGAGCUUUCUGUCCCCGCUUGAAAUUCGCUACAUUGUAGAUAAUGCCAACAAGAACUCUUCCUCCGAAAGCACCAGCAACGGCAAUGACAGGGACUUUGGAGACACGCUGUCCGAGAUGACCUCGGGUACUUACUUUCCCAUGAUGUCUGACGACGAGCCACCUAUACUUGAGCUGGGCUGGCCAGAACCCCCACACCGGUUCGGACCCUCGGAGACACAGAUUUACUUUCAGAGAGACAAAACACAAAAUAUUAAAGAUUUAAUACGCUCUCUCAUUAAUAAGGCGAAGAAAGUUAUCGCCUUGGUAAUGGACAUCUUCACAGAUGUAGAUUUGUUUUGCGAUCUUAUUGAGGCUGCAAACAAAAGGAAAGUUCCUGUUUACAUUCUACUGGAUGAGAAGAACCUGGAAUAUUUCAUGGACAUGUGCACCUCACUGGAGAUUGACAACUCUCAUUUGGCCAACGUGCGAAUCCGCAGUGUCUGUGGGGACACAUACUGCACCAAAAGUGGGAAAAAGUUCACUGGACAAGUUCAAGAAAAAUUUAUGAUCAUUGACUGCGAGGAAGUGCUUGCCGGCUCCUACAGCUUCACCUGGUUGUCAGCACAUGUCCACAGCAACAUGCUCCUUCACUUCUCUGGACGAAUAACGGACGGCUUUGACCGAGAGUUCCGCUGCCUCUACGCAGACUCUCAGGUUCUUGACCGUUUCUCCAACCCCGAUGACGACGACGGCCCCUACUACCCUGCCCAACCCCCUCCCAGCUACGGAUACGAUUUAAUGCAGGACAGGGCCAAUAGGGCUAACCUUUCGGAGCACUCGAGCACCCCAUCCGGCAGCAGCAUGUCCAGCAUCAAGGCCGCUCCCGGGAAGCCCGCCACGGUCUACAGGGUCACCCAGGACAAGAACGAGGUCAGCAAUGCCCAGAAAGUGUCUGACAGACGCAUGGGCCAGAGCCCGGUGCCAGCAUCGCCAAUGCUGUCCACAGGUGGCCACCUGAUGCGGGGCUCGCCCAACGGCUCCGGCCAGGCCGUCAUGCACGAGCGCCCGUCCCUCGGCCCCACCGCUGGCAUGGACUGGGCCAAGGCGGGCACGCCAGAGUUCCUCAGGGCCAAUCUGGGCGGCCCCAUCAGCAAGUUCCAGGCUCUGGGCCUGUACGACCACAAGAACUACUUUGGCGGCCAGCAGAAGGCCCAGCCUGUGGAGAACAAGUACCUCCCCAAACAAACGAGCCCAGGGAACUUUUUCAACAAAUUCACAGAUCUCUUCAGCGGGCCUAGCAAAGACAGCGCGGCCAACAAGGACCCGUACGUCUACAGAAGGUCGCCCACUCAAAGCACAGCCUAUGGAGGUCCAGACCUAUCCCAGAAUGAGCCAGAAAGUAAACAGGUUUUGCCACCGCCUGCCCCCUUACCUAAAGAGGCCCUUGGCAAUGACCACCGAAUAACCCGGGGGGAUGAAAAGCGCAUGACUCUGGGCCACAGCAAGCUGGACUUGGUCAACCAGUACAACAAGAGGACCAAACCAGUGUACAGUCGCUUUGAAUUAAAAAGCAACAACUGAACCAAAGCUUGUCGUCGGAGAGAUAUAUCUCUUUCAAAGUCUGGGAGAGAAGCACGCUUUUUUGAUAUUUGUGCGAGUGUGUGCUUUAAAAGGCUGAAUGUUGUAGGGCACUGACUUUGUAUGGGUCUUUGUUCUCACAGCUGGUGGAGGACGCCGAGACAGAGGACCAUACAGCACAUGCCCAGGUUGACAUGGUGACAUGGAGAUGUUUGGAACCCUUUCAGCCUUCCGGGUUCACAGCUGACAGGCAGUGAAUGUUUUUUAAUGUUUUUGUGAAAGACGAGCCUGUUUGUAUACUGUAAAAAAAACUACUGGUGCGAAUGUUUGCUUCAUUUUUUUUAUUUGCUGCACAUCAGCUGGCAUAGCAAAUGCAUUUCUGACUCACAAAAUGGUUGUCAGCACUGUGGAAGCAGUGCUUCCUUAAAACAAACCUACAGUUCCUUUUUUACAGUAUUUAUUCUAAAACCUGUUUUCUUACCAGCCAACAGUUUUUUUGUUGAACACUCCAAUGAUACAGUCAAGAGCACUACAACACAAUACAAACGAGGUCUUUCUCUGUUUGUACAGGGCGCCACAUGAGGCUCAUCUUUUUGCUACUCAGUGUUAUAGUUCAUUUUUACUGGGAUGUUGUAUUUCCAGACUCACAGUCUUCCCUGCGCGCAGAGGUGUUAUUUUUAGACAUACUGUGAUAAGCUUGUGAGACGGACAAGUGAAUUAAGAUAGAAAUGGGGAUAAGGUUUGUACUGUUUGUAUAGAGUUGCAUUACAAUAGAUAGGGAAUGGCAAUUAAGUAAUUAGGCAUGGAAAGACCUAUCUACUUUUCAUGGCAGUCAGAUGCCAAAUGCCUAUUGGAUUCCCCACCCACACAUUCCUUUUACUACUACUUCUUGUAAAUACUAAGGGCUCUAGUUGCAAGGACUAGGAGGUGCUCUUCAUGUGAAUUUUGCUGAAGCACUAUAGUUAAAAUGCCCAAAUGCAGUUGUGUAAGGUGCUGGCAUCAGUAUGAUUGGUUUAGUCUCCUGAUGAUCACAAAAAUAUCAACCCUGAAAGCAAACUAGUGACUCAGAUCUAUUAUUAACCAGGAUCUGGUGCUGAAGCCCCCGUCUAUAUUAACUGUCUUGUCUGGAUUGGAACUGUAUGAGUCAUCAUGGAAAGACAUGAGGCUCAUAGACAAAAAUAAGCCAUUUACACCUGGUUGCCAGCAAUAUUUUAAACUGUGUAGAAUUUUUAUAUGCAUGGUGUGUGUUUGAACAUUUAACACCAUAUUUGAUACCAGUAACAUAACAUCAUAUUUAUCUACAAUAAAAUGUAUUAUUUUGGGAUUAUAUAAACCCAGCAAAAAUGCUCAGUGAGCCUGUUCCAAAGACACGAAUACUAUAUAUGUUUCAUAACAAACAUUACCUGCAAUAAAACCUCUUGAGUAGCAUUC